CGUCCUGCCGGAAAGCAGCACGCCACCGCGGCAUUUCACGACGUCGGCAGUGAAAGGCCCGAAAACACUCUUGUUUUCCCCCUACGGCUGGGCGAGAGGCACCGCGAUGUUCGGUGCGGGAGACGAAGACGACACCGACUUCCUUUCGCCUAGCGGCGGUGCCAGACUGGCCUCUCUUUUUGGACUGGAUCAGACAUCUGCUGGCCAUGGAAAUGAAUUCUUCCAGUACACAGCCCCAAAGCAGCCUAAGAAAGGCCCAGGAGCAGCUGCAACAGGAAAUCAGGUGCCAGCAAAAGCAGCCCCCACUACAACAGGCACCUCCACCGUGUUGGUUGCAACAGCAGUUCAUGCGUAUCGAUACACAAAUGGUCAAUAUAUAAAGCAGGGCAAGUUUGGUGCUGCAGUGCUGGGGAAUCACACAGCCAGAGAGUAUAGGAUUCUUCUUUACAUCAGUCAACAACAAUCAGUUACUGUUGCCAGGAUUCAUCUGAACUUUGAGCUAAUGGUUCGGCCCAAUAACUAUAGCACUUUUUAUGAUGACCAGAGACAAAACUGGUCCAUCAUGUUUGAGUCGGAAAAGGCUGCUGUGGAGUUCAAUAAACAGGUGUGCAUUGCCAAGUGCAACAGCACCCGCUCCCUGGAGGCAGUGCUCUCCCAGGACCUCACUGUAGCAGAAGGCCCUGCUGUAGAAGCUGGAGAUUCUUUGGAAGUGGCCUAUACCAGCUGGCUCUUCCAGAAUCACGUGCUGGGCCAGGUUUUGGACUCUACUGCUAACAAAGAUAAGCUGCUUCGCCUGAAAUUAGGAUCAGGAAAAGUCAUCAAGGCCUGGGAAGAUGGGAUGCUGGGCAUGAGAAAAGGAGGGAAGCGGUUGCUUGUCAUCCCUCCAGCCUGUGCUGCUGGCUCUGAAGGGGUAGUAGGAUGGACUCAGUCGCCGGACUCAAUCCUGGUGUACGAGGUGGAGAUAAGGCGGGUCAAGUUUGCCAGAGAUUCUGGCUCUGACGGGCACAGCAUUAGUUCCCGGGAUUCUGCGGCCCCUUCUCCCAUACCAGGUGCUGACGGCCUCUCUGCUGACCCUGUUUUAUCACCACCCACCUCAGUGCCUUUCAAAUCAGGGGAGCCGGCCCUUCGUAUCAAAUCUAACUCCCUCAGUGAACAGCUUACAGUAAAUUCAAAUCCUGAUACAGUCAAAGCCAAGUUGAUCUCUCGGAUGGCUAAAAUGGGCCAGCCCAUGCUGCCCAUCCUUCCACCACAGCUGGAUUCCAAUGAUUCAGAAAUCGAGGAUGCGAGUGCCCUGCGCGGAGCUGCACAGCCCGCGGCAGCUCCGUCCCUGCAGCCCGCUCUUCAGCCAGCGCAUCCAGCCCUCCCGCAGAUGGCCGCACAAGCAUCUCAGCCAUCUGUUUCUGGCCUCCAAGCACCCUCUCCUGCCUUAAUGCAAGUUGCCUCCCUCGACUCGCACUCCGCGGUGUCUGGAAAUGCCCAGUCCUUUCAGCCCUAUGCAGGUAUGCAAGCCUACGCUUAUCCCCACACAUCAGCUGUCACCUCCCAGCUGCAGCCUGCCCGGCCCCUCUACCCCGCUCCACUCUCUCAGUCUCCCCAUUUUCAAGGAUCUGGUGACAUGGCUUCAUUUCUCAUGACUGAAGCCCGGCAACAUAACACUGAAAUUCGAAUGGCUGUCAGCAAAGUGGCUGAUAAAAUGGAUCAUCUAAUGACGAAGGUUGAAGAAUUACAGAAGCACAGUGCUGGCAGUUCCCUGCUGCCUCCCAGCAUGGCGCUUACGAUGGAGACGAGCAUGAUUAUGAGCAACAUCCAACGUAUUAUUCAGGAAAAUGAAAGAUUGAAGCAAGAGAUCCUUGAAAAGAGCAGUCGGAUAGAAGAACAGAAUGACAAGAUUAGUGAACUAAUUGAACGAAAUCAGAGGUACGUUGAGCAGAGUAACCUGAUGAUGGAGAAGAGGAAUAACUCACUUCAAACAGCCACAGAAAACACACAGGCAAGAGUAUUGCAUGCUGAACAAGAGAAGGCCAAGGUGACAGAAGAGUUAGCAGCCGCCACCGCUCAAGUCUCUCGUCUGCAGCUGAAAGUGACUGCUCACCAAAAGAAAGAAACAGAGCUGCAGAUGGAGCUGACAGGAAGCUUGAAGGAGACAGACCUCCUUAGGGGCCAGCUCGCCAAACUGCAGGCAGAGUUCUCAGAACUCCAGGAAACCUCGGAGCAAGCUCAGUCCAAAUUCAAAAGUGAAAAGCAAAGCCGGAGACAACUAGAGCUCAAGGUGGUGUCCCUGGAGGACGAGCUGGCUGAUCUUCGAGAUGAGAAGGAAUCUCUGGAAAAGAACCUGUCUGAAAGGAAAAAGAAGUCCGCUCAAGAGCGCUGUCAGGCUGAGGAGGAGAUCGAUGAAAUCCGCAAGUCCUACCAGGAGGAAUUGGACAAGCUUCGGCAGCUCUUGAAAAAGGCUCGGGUGUCCACAGACCAAGCAGCUGCAGAGCAGCUGUCUCUGGUACAGGCUGAGCUGCAGACCCACUGGGAAGCAAAGUGCGAGCAGCUGCUGGCCUCCGCCAGGGGUGAGCACCGGCAGCAGUACCAGGAAGUUUGUGCGCAGAGAGAUGCCAACCAGCAGAAGCUGCUCCACCUUCAGGAAAAGUGUCUAGCCCUCCAGGCCCAAGUCACGGCCCUGACAGAGCAAAAUGAACAGCACGCCAAGGACCUGGAGACCAAGCCCCACGUGUCUGGAGUUGCAGCUGCUGCCGCUGACCCCUCAGAGAAGGUCAAGAAGAUCAUGAACCAGGUGUUCCAGUCGUUGCGGGGAGAGUUUGAGCUGGAGGAAUCUUACGGCGGCAGGGCCGUUCUGGGGACCAUCAUGAACACCAUCAAGAUGGUGACUCUUCAGCUGUUAAACCAGCCCGAGCAAGACAAGGGACAGAGCAGCAAUGAAGAAGAGGAGGAGGAGGAGGAAGAGCAGCCCCAGAGACCUUCCCGGGAGCUCUUGGUCUCGGCCGGUUCUGGGCCGCCCCCAGCAGCCCUGAGUAGGGAGUCGCAGGAGUACCCCCUGGUGUCAUCGGAGCAGGCAGUCCAGGAGGCUAUCCCCCUGCCUCCUCAGGCCCUCUCUGCUCCCCAGGAUGAGGUACAGGGAAGGGAAGGGGAGCCCGCAGAAGCAGAGGUGUUCUCAGAGAUAAAAGGUGAUUCCCUCCCACCCGAACUGGCUUGUAUUCCCUCCCGGAGACCUCUGGGGCCCCCAACUUCAAUUCCCCCUCAGCCUCCGGGCCCUGUGCUUGUGGACUCUGAGUGCGAGGAGACACUUGCUGCCAGCCCAUUGGAGAAUGCCUACGUCGGGGAGCCAGAAAGCUCCACGAGACUAUCCCCGACUUCACAUUCCAUGAAAGAGGACCCACUAGCCUUGGGUCCUGAAAGUCUAGGAGAAGAGCCUCAGCCUCCAGAGCUCAAGAAAGAUGAGAAUGUCCCUAACUCCACUGUUCCCUUUAAGGAGCUAGAAAACACAGAGGCAGGUUCAUUAACUGUCGGAGCAGCAAGUGGGUCCGGCCACUCUUCUCAGCAUGCCAGUCUCCCAGGGGAUGAAGAAGAUGAACUAUUUAAAGGGGCAACUCUGAAAGUUUCAAGGCCCAAAGCACAGCCUGAGGAGGAGGAUGAAGAUGAGGUGAGCAUGAAGGGACGGCCGCCCCCAACACCCCUUUUCGGAGAUGAUGACGAUGACGAUGACAUUGACUGGCUGGGAUGAAGACCCAGGAAACUGGUGCGAAGGUUUCUCUACCGACCCUUCCCUAAGCAUGAUUUUGCACAGCCAGCCCUGUGUCUAGACAAGCCGCAGGGUGAGGUGAAGGUGAGCAUUCUGAGGACAGCAGUGCACAUACCUGAGUUAGCCAACUUCUGAGCGCCCUGCCCGGCUGGUCCGAGAGCAGUGUGAGCCUGUCUUCACAACGUUGGGAUCCUGCUUCAGAGUCCCCUUGGGAGGAAGGGCUGGUGGAUUGCCUGCAGCCAGUCACCUACAAGAAUCCUGCCCUCUUCCAAGCUUUUUAGUCUCUUCACUAACUCAGACUGAUCUGCCUGCCGAUGUUCAACUGCACCAGCAACGGGAUCUGUCAUCUCGGGGAAGCAGGUCUGCCCGGAACCUAGGGGGGACUACACUAUCCAAACCCUGGUUCAGUUAACAGCCUUGCCUGCAGUCCUGGGACAUGUAUCUUUUCUCUGCCUUAAAUCUGAUACAAGAGGUCAAUGAAUAUUUGAAAUUAACAAAACUAAAAUAAAUGUCUGCAAUGAAACCUGCCUCAAGCUCUUGGGGAGAAAUGGAAUUUGGCUCUAAGGCUGGCUGUGCUCUUCUCUGGGACUCUCAGGGUAGGAGUUGGAACAGACUGGGGUUGGUUCACAUGCACGAAAGCCCUGUGACAUACUCCCUUUGCACCUAACCCUGGAACUCAGGCUUUCAGGAAAGUCACCACUCUGCUGUCCCAGCUCAUCCUAGACGCAUGAAGGCUUGGGGCACUGGUUUAUCUGAGAACUGGUCAUAUCAUCCGCUCGCUCUGGCACACUUGGUCCUACACCCUAGGAAGCCCUGCACAGAAGGUGGGAGGGUCCCUACCUUGCAUUGU